GGCAGUGGUGGUGGUGAUGAUGAGGAUGAUGAUGAUGCAUGCUGUGUGCAACGAUAUAAAACCAAUGGUCAGUGGGCAGUUGGAGCAUACGAUCAUCAGAACGUCUACGACAACGUCUGCUCUUGAUUCUUUUCACAGCAUCACUUCAGUGUAACUUAUUCCAGAUGGAGACCUUGUCACUGUGGAUAUAUGGGCUUCUGCUCAUCAGCCUCACCAGAGCACAGCAACUCAACCACUUUCCUGAAGUUGUGGGGGCAAAAUGGAAGGACUCAAAUCCAGUCACACUGACCUGCCGUACAAAGACCGACGGAGAUGUCACAUGGAAGUUUGAAGGUGAUGAGAUGGGGGAUGACGAUUACGAUGAAAAAAUCCAGCGGAAUGGUCGAGAUCUGUCCGUGUCUAUGGUAGAAAAUCCCAUGUUGGGAGAAUACAGCUGCUGGAGAGGAUCAGAAAUGUUGUCAUCAACCUAUCUCCUGCUGAAGAAAGAUGAGUCAAAUGAUUUUCCUAUCAAGUGUCGGGCAAAGUCGUAUGACUGUAACUUCAGCUGUGAUUGGACCCACAGUACACAAAGAGCAGUGCACCUUGGACUGGGCCAUGACUGCCGAGAAGGUAGGGAGUCGUGCCAUUGGGUCAGCAGUGUUCGGCCUGUAAAUGGGGAAUUCCACUUUAACUUGUCCCACUCCCUCUCACCCUACGCUGAGGAAAGCACCAUGCUCGAACUCACUGCCGAGGCCAUCACCACGGACUCAAUCCUCAGGGGGACCAAAAGUUUUUAUCUCAGAGACAUCAUUCAACCCGAUAGUCCCCAGAUUGUCAAGUGUCAGGAGGAGGAGGAGAACGUGAACGUGACCAUUGACGCACCACAGAGCUGGUCAACUCCUCAAAGCUUCUUCACUCUGGAGCAUCAAAUCGAAUACGUCCUAAGAGACGAUGGAACGUCUGGAUUUUCUUCAACUGCUCUGAUACCGAAGGGGGUCAGCAAGCUGAGGGCUCGCUCCAGAGACUCGCUGGUGCCCUCGAACUGGAGCCAGUGGACUCCCUGGAAAAAUGUGAUAACAGGAAAAAAGAACCUAUGCAAAUGCAAAAACACUGAAAAAUCUUGCUGCCCAGAGUUGCCAUCUGGGUACUUGGACAACUGCAAGACGAGAAAGGAGAAAAAAAAGAACAAAGACGCUAAGCGGAGCCAGACUUCUUAAAAAGAAGAUGCUUAAUAAUAACAUGUUUUACAACUGGGAUUGUGCUGGUGUACAAACACCUUUUAUUUAGGAAUUGUGAAAAAAUAUGUGGAUGUAUUUAUAUGAAGCAAUUAAAUUGAAUCUGUCAAGUGUUUGAACAAAAAUUCAAUACUGGGGAUGGUUAAGAAUUUAAAUUUCUAAAAGCUCUGAAUUUAAGAAAGCAUAACUUGUGCUGUGUGAAUACUUAGUUACCAGUUUAUUGAGUACAC